AUGGGGUUGGACGAGAAGCUCAACCGUCUGCAGCUGCGCGUGCUGCAGACGGCAGACCAGGGCAAGCUCACUGACGGCCAGCGCGCCGUGAUCGAGGGCCUGCCAUCGCCGCGUGGCCACCGCAACCAGCCCCCAUCGCCGCUGAACCGGAGCGCGGCUUCCACGCCACUCGGGCUCGCCGGGCGCGAGAGCGGGAGCGAGGCGCCCCUGCUGCGCGGCGACCCCUUCAUGGCGCCCGACUACUCCUGCGAGGAGGAGGAGGAGGUCUCGAUCGAGACGGCACUCGAGGCGCUCGGGCACGGCACGCUGCAGCGGCGGCUGCUCGGGAUCGCGCUGCUGCUCGAGCUGGGCGCGUUCGCGCAGCCGGCCCUCCUCGCCGCCCUCACCGACCCGCACGCCACGUGCACGCUGCCCGGGGCCGACGGCGCAGCGCAGUCCACCGCCUCUGCCGCCGCCGCCGCCGAUUCGACGGCGCGCGAUUCGACGGCGCGCAGCCUCGUCCUCGCAGCGCUGUGCGGGGCGGUCUUCGGCGGGUUGGCGUACUCCACCACAAAGGCGACCGCGACGGCCGCCGCCGCGAGCGCGCUGUACCUGGAAUGGCUGCCCGCGCGGCACCGCAGUCACACCAACGCCAGCAGCGACAACCGCACCGCCGCCUUCCACCGGCUCUGGGCUGCGAGGCCUGCCGCUACGCUGCUGCUGCAAGUCUCGUGGACCUCCGCCGCCGAGCUGCUUCCGACCGAGCGGCGCGUCGCGGGCAUGUGCGCCGUCUUCGCCCUCACGCAGGUCGUCGCCGCCACCGCCCCCGCCGACCAGUCGAUCACCGCGACGCAGCAGGCUCCAGCCUACACACGCCCCGCGCGCGCCAUCGGCAUCGCCCCAUCGUGGAUCCGAUCCCACGCCGCCGGAUGUGGGAAGCUGGCCGCCGAUCCUAAGACCCAUCGACCAGGGGUACUCCCGCGUAUCUCGGCUCCCUGCGGCGAUCGCCGCAUACCGUCCUAUGGUGGCGAGUAUCGCUACGCCAGGGAGGACAAGGGUGUCGACGUGCGGCUGCUGCUGUUCGAGUCGUUCGGCGGGUUCGGGAAGGGGGUCGGCGAGAUCCUCUGGGACGCGGCGAACGUGCUGCAGAACAAGCUCUAG